AUGAGCGAAUCACGAAACGAACUCCUUGCAUGGAUUAAUGAUCUAUUGCAACUCAACUACCGCAAGGUUGAGCAAGCUGGCACAGGUGCUGCAUAUUGUCAAAUCAUCGAUUCCAUCUACGGUGAUGUACACAUGAGCAAGGUCAAGUUUGACACCAAGCACGAGUACGAAUACGUUGGCAAUUACAAGGUGUUGCAAAAUGCAUUUGACAAGCACAAGAUUGAUAAGGUGAUACCCGUGGAUCGGUUGAUGAAAUGCAAACUUCAAGACAAUCUCGAGUUUACGCAAUGGCUCAAGCGGUAUUGGGAUCAAACCUAUCCUGGUGGUGAUUAUGAUGCUCUUCAACGGCGUAAAGGUGGUGCUGGAGGAGGAGGAGGUAGAGCAAGUAGCCGAUCAGGUACUGCAGCCCCUGCUGGUGCUACACGUAAAGCUCUUGGUUCCCCUGCCAAAGCUGGUGCCACUGCUCGAUCCUCAAGCAGAAAUGGUGGAGGUGUUGGCUCAAUGGAUGGUGCCGCCGCUGCUUCAACCAUCGCCGAUUUGAAAAAGCAAGUCUCUGAACUAAAGUUGGCAGUGGAUGGUCUUGAAAAAGAACGCGACUUUUACUUUGGCAAAUUGCGUCAAGUUGAAAUUCUGGUCCAAGAGCAAAUGGGUGUUUUGGAGCAACAAGGUCGUUCAGAUGAGGGUUUGGCUGUUCUAAGAGACAUCCAAAAUGUGCUUUAUAGUACUGAGGAUGGUUUUGAGGCGCCGCCUGAGGAUCAUGAAGGUGUUGCCCCAGCAGCAGGCAUGGUGGGAGGUGUUCAUCAAGACUUUGACGACGAGACGUUUUAA